AUGUCGGCGCAGUACCAACAAGGGGAAUACUACGGAAGGCGGUCUGAUAUGUCGGAAAAACUUGAGCAGCCUCGAAGAAAACCAACACGCCGCGAGCAAAGCGCCAGAUCUAGCGAAGGAACCGUCAGCACGAUGAUGAGCAGCAACUCUACGGGUCGCGAAUCCGCAGGAACGACGGUCACGGAAGGUCCGUCAUAUUCAAAAAAGAUUGUCGUCGUUGGUGACGGUGGAUGCGGAAAGACAUGUCUUCUUAUAAGUUAUAGCCAAGGGUACUUCCCAGAGAAAUAUGUCCCAACGGUCUUUGAGAACUAUAUUACAUAUCCAACACAUCAGCCGACUGGCAAAACAGUGGAACUUGCACUGUGGGAUACAGCUGGGCAGGAAGAAUACGAUCGUCUACGGCCUUUAUCGUACCCCGAAACAGAUCUUUUAUUUGUCUGUUUUGCAAUUGACUGCCCGAACUCCUUGGAGAAUGUGAUGGAUAAAUGGUACCCAGAAGUUCUUCAUUUUUGCCCAUACACGCCCCUAGUGCUCGUCGGACUUAAGUCAGAUCUCCGAACAAAACGCACCUGUAUCGACCUUCUUAAGACUCAGGGUCUAACACCAGUUACACAAGAACAAGGCAUGGCUGUUGCAAACAAAAUGGGGGCGAGAUAUAUGGAGUGUAGUAGUAAAGAGAUGACUGGAGUCGACGAGAUUUUCACAUCAGCCAUCAACACUGUUGUCCAAAAUGAUCGAAGUUCUCAGAGAGAACAGCCUCAACAAGCAGGAUCUAGUCCAAGUCAGCCGAGUGGUGGUAGUGGUGGUACGAGAAAGAAGAAGAGGACCAACUGCAAGUUUCUAUAA